UCCAUUAACUUUACUUCGAGUUUUGGUUGAUAUUUUACCCCUGAUCUGUGAGCGUUACCGGGUGCAAGUCCAGAGAAUCAAAAUGUUCAAGAUUGUCAGGUGGACAUUUUAUCCGGUUAAACACUUGUGUUAUGGAAAGACAAAUAUACUAGAAAAUUUUAAGAAAAUACCCACGCCAUUGCCUUUAAUAAAAUAUUGCCAUUCUCUUAGUGAAGAGGACAAUGUUUACAAUGGUCCACUGAAGAGGCAGAUUCAUUCUGUCAAAUUAUUUUCUUUAGCUACAAGUGUUGGUGGCUUACUUGUUCAGCCGGUUAUUUUCCAGAGGGCAGCAGAACUUGAAGCCAGUACAGCAAGUAUAGUCGGAGUCUGCAGUUUUGUCGGGUUUUUCACUUUUGUUACACCUUUAUUACUUCAUUUGGUAACAAGAAAAUAUGUCUUGAAUAUAACAUACAGUAGUAAGGAGGACAGUUAUACGGCUACUGUUUACACUCUUUUCUUAAGGCGAAAAAAUGUCACUUUCAAACCGGAUGAAGUUGUUGUUCCCGACGUUCCAGGGAUGUUCACUUCAUUGACUGUUAGAGGGAUUCCACUUUUCAUGGAUGCUAGGUUUUUUACUGAUGUUAAUCAUUAUAAAAAGAUAAUGGGUUAUGACAAACCAAUGGAUUUUAAAUUCGGUUCUAAGGAUUAACCAAAUUACAAAAUAGUAGUGCAUAUGUA